AUCCAGAAAUAGCACAUUGUGAUGCAGAAGUGAUUAUGCCUUUGGAGAUGGACUAAGGGAUGGCUCAAAAUUAAUGUGCUAUGGUCAAUAUUAAUUCUCUGGAGGCAAUAAGCUGUUUAGGAUCCGUCAGGGAUGGUGCUGGCUCAUCAGUACUUGUUUUGCAAGAAUGUUCAGUAAGAGAUACUUCUUUGCAGCAUUCCGAUGAAGCAAAUGGAUCUGGCGAGACGCAGGAUAUGUUGGGAGAUACGGCGGCAGUAUGUGGUACCUCUUUGCCGGUGGCUGGAGAGAUUUUAAAAGGAAGAGCUUGUCCAGGUGUUGAGCUUGAAUCUGGGGAGCAAGAGGUUAAAAAUAAGAUGGAAAAAUUAAACGAGAUCAUUGAUGAGCAGAGUGUUAUGAUGGUUGACUCUGUGGCAGAUCCCCCGGGAAAUGAUUUUCAAUUGGGUGACACAGAUAUGCUAAAUGUCAUCCCCAAUGCAGUGCAAGAUGUUUGUAGCGUGAAAGAAAUACAGGACAAAUCUAUGACAUUUUACAAGGAGGGCAAAGCUUCUUAUGAUGCAUAUGACAGUUUUACUUCAAUUGAGAAGUUAGAGUCUGACAAUUUGGAGAUAUAUCCCAACAUGAAGGAAACAAUAUCUUCAUCAUCCCAAUUGGGUGGAGUGACAGAUGAUGUUAGCCUAGCUGCUGUUGGGAAGGAUGGUCCUCAACCAAUGUUGCAGCCUCCACUAGAAAGAGCUUCCACUAACAAUUUGGGGAAAAAGCUUCUUGUCCUCGAUGUGAAUGGACUGCUUGUUGAUAUGGUGUCACUGUCACAUGUGUCUGAAGGUUAUCAUCCGGACAAAACUAUAUCGGGGAAAGCAGUUUUUAAGAGGCCUUUUUGUGACGAUUUUCUGCAGUUUUGCUUUGAGAGGUUUCAUGUGGGUGUCUGGUCAUCGAGAACCAAGAAAAAUUUGGACUCAGUUCUUGAAUUUCUCAUGGGGAAACUCAAACUCAAUUUGCUCUUUUGCUGGGAUCAGUCCCACUGUACAGAAACUGGUUACAAUACGCUUCAGAACAAAGACAAGCCCCUAGUACUAAAAGAACUAAGAAAAUUAUGGGAAAAGCAAGAGCCAGAUCUUCCAUGGAACAGGGGAGAUUAUAACACAUCAAACACACUAUUGUUGGAUGAUUCUCCAUAUAAGGCCUUGUGCAAUCCUGCGUAUACUGCUAUCUUCCCCUAUCCAUACCAAUACAAGGAUGUCGACGAUAAUACUCUAGGACCUGGUGGUGAUCUUCGGGUUUAUCUAGAACGAUUAGCGUCAGCUAACAACGUUCAAAAGUACGUAGAGAUGAAUCCAUUUGGUCAGCGACCUAUCACAGAGACAAACUUAUCUUGGAAGUUCUAUCUUAAGGUUAUGAAUGCCAGCUCAUUGCAAGCAGAAGAAGAUGCUAAUAAUUCUUCGGCUGAUCAACAAAAAUUAACACCAAAUGAUCUUAAGGUUAUGAACGCCAGCACAUCGCAAUUAGAAGAAGACGCUAAUAAUUCUCCAGCUGAUGAACAGAGAUUACCCCCAAAUGAUCUUAAGGUUAUGGACGCCAGCACAUCGCAUGCAGAAGAGGAUGCUUAUAAUUCUUCGGCUGAUCAACAAAGAUUAACACCAAAUAAUCGAGGCAUGGGUUUUGAUGCUCGGCUUCCAUUGCAUGCAUCGCACGAUCAAAGCGUGGGUUUUGAUUGUAGGGAUGCAGUGGUUGCAAUGCCCAAGACGCUCCCUGUGGCAAUGCCUCUUCCACCAGAUGCUUCAAAUGCAAUUCCUCUUCCACCAGAUGCUUCAAAUGCAAUGCCUCUUCCACCAGAUGCUUCAAAUGCAAUGCCUCUUCCACCAGAUGCUUCAAAUGCGAUGCCUCUUCCACCAUAUGCUUCAAAUACUAUAUAUGUGGAAGGGCUUCCUCCUGAUAGUACAAGGAGAGAAGUAGCUCAUAUUUUCCGUCAUUUCCCGGGGUACAAACAUGUAAGACUUGUAAGGAAGGAAUCCAGACGCCGUGGUGGUUAUUAUCCCUAUAUCCUUGGCUUUGUGGAAUUUGUCGAUCAAGCCUGUGCAGCAACUGCUUUGACUGCCUUGGAUGGCUAUAAGGUGGACGAGGACGAUCCGUAUUCUGCCUACUUGCGACUGGAGUUUUCAAGGUCUGCCUCAGAAUCGCGUUGGAAAAGGCAACGCAGAUAUUAUGACCACUAGAACAAAAAGUUAUUCUGGAAUGCUUACUUGGUAUUGAGGUGAAAAUGGGGCAAAGAGUGAUUAGAGCUAGGGAAGGCUUGUGAACAAGGUUUCUUUUGCAAUUAGUCCCGAAGUUGUUUGAAGACAAAAGUUCCUUUUGUGACGAGAUUGCGUCAUUUUGGAUUAACUUUUGAUUAUGUUUGUAAACGAUUACCCUUUUCUUUGUUUUUCUUGGCCAAAAGGAAGGACUUUGAUUGUUAGGCACCAUACUGAACUCGCCAAGCAAAUAUGCUUUCGUGCCUAGGCCAUAUUUAUUCUCUAAUGACUGCAUUGGUUAA